AUGCUGAAGACACCCACUACUACAGCUACGACAGCUACAGCUAAGAAGUUAAUAAACCUUUUAUACAAAGAAGCAGCAACAAGCACAGACACGUCACAAGCAAUUCCUCGAAUAACACGACAACUCUACAAUGACCCCGACUCAGACCUCGACGCCGAUGCAGCUGACUCCACCACCAAUAAUGAUCUCCUAUCAACGUAUCAAACAACAAAACGCAAACUCCCAGCUACAGAAGCGCUCAAAACUGGCCCCCACAUUUCAACACCAUCAAAUAUCCUUUCAUUUAAAUGCAUAAAUCUGUUUAUUACAAAACAAGAUUUCAAAAACUUGCUUCCUAAAGAACAUCAAUUGACAUAUUCGUUAAACCCAAUAAACAAUUUCGAAAUGGUUAAAAGAAGAAGUGGGCCACUUUUACAAUUUCAAAAUGAGUACAUUUUAAUAUUCAAAUCCCAUUUGAAUGCGAAAAUAUUUCAAUUGGAAACUCAAGGGAAAUUAAUCAAUGGAAUACAGUUCAGGACUGAGUUUCAAUGCUUUGAGGAUAUCAUUGAUGAUUUGGUGCCUGAGAAACUACGCGUUGCUAAUCAUGAAUCCUUAAUACAUGAAAUUGAAUCAUUAAAACAAUAUACCACAUCAUCAUCAUCUACACCAAAUGCAUCACUGUUGGAUCAAAUAAAAGCACUAAAGCAACACCAUAUCGCAACUAGCUCAUCAUCUACACCAUCGCAAUUUGAACCACUUAUAUCAUGUCCACUCUAUGAUGAAUCAUACCCGAUUCUAACCCAUUUAAUCAACGCCCCAAACAGAGCAAAAUCAAUCUUGAUCCACAACUGGCCCUUUGGUCUCAAAAAGGAUCUAGUUAUCGAGUCAUUAUGGAACUAUAACCUUAGCAGGAGCAACGGAGAGCAAGAGCAGGAAACCAAUAGCGCUUCUUCUCCACCACCAAUUGAACCCAUUUACUCCAACGUAAUUCAAGGUAUAAACUUAAUCAAGAUGAAUUUUAUGAAUGAGUAUGAUGCGUUACGAUUUAUACGUAAUUUUCAUGGUACAAAGUGGUUAAAGUUGCAAAAUUUUAGAAAAGUUGAAGAAAAAGUAUCACCAUUGCCGUUGCUUUGUGAAACGUUGUAG